AUGGUUGUGGUGGCAAUUCCCAUAUUCAACGGGUUCACAGCCCUGGAUGCGAUCGGGCCUUACGAAGUUCUACACAGAAUUCCGGGGGUGCGGGUGGAAUUCGUGAGCGAGACUGCUGGCCUGUACCUUGCCGAUGAUGGUCAUCUGCGAGUGGAAGCCCCGGUUUGUUUCGAGCAAGUUCCAAGCCCCGAUGUGCUCGUGGUUCCUGGCGGUUUUGACCUCCCUCUGACGAACAAGGCUUUUCUCGAUUACAUUGUCAAGGUUCACAAAACAAGCCUGUACACCACUUCUGUGUGCACUGGAGCGCUCCUCUUGGGAGCUGCUGGAAUCCUCCAUGGCCUCAAGGGGACGACGCACUGGGCAGCUUUUGACAGCCUCGCUUCUUAUGGAGUUACUCCUGUUCAUCAGAGAUAUAUACGUCAGGGGAAGAUUAUCAUGUCCGCCGGCGUGUCGGCUGGGAUCGACUCGAAUUUGGAGGUGGCAGCCUUGCUAGCAGAUGAAACAAUGGCCAAGGCUGUCCAACUGGCGAUUGAGUAUGAUCCCCAGCCGCCAUUCGAUUCGGGCAGCGUGGGGAAAGCAAGCAAGGAGGUUGUGGAUCUGGCUAGAAAGAUCACCGCAGCCUUGCCUUCUCGUCAAGAUCAGUGA